ACCAUCGUAGCCAUACAAAUCAUUUCUCACAAAACAAUUACCAUUUACCAGUCUUUCGAUCAAUUCAUUUUCCGAGAACAACAUGCCGACGAGAACAACCGGAGCUAUGUCACAAGACUGGGAGCCGGUGGUGCUCCACAAAUCCAGACCCAAAGCGCAAGUCCUCCGUGAUCCCAAGGCAGUGAACCAGGCCCUCCGCGCCGGCGCUCAGGUCCAAACGGUGAAGAAAUUCGACGGCGGAACCAACAAAAAGGCACCGGCGACCGCGGUUUAUGCUAGAAAGCUCGAUGAGGCAGCUGAGCCAGCAGCGCUUGAUAGGGUGGCACCGGAGGUGAGACAAGUGAUUCAGAAGGCGAGGAUCGAUAAGAAACUGAGCCAGGCGGAUCUUGCGAAACAGAUCAACGAGAGGCCUCAAGUUGUUCAGGAGUACGAGAAUGGGAAAGCAGUUCCGAAUCAGGCUGUGUUGGCGAAGAUGGAGAGGGUACUUGGCGUUAAACUUCGGGGAAAAAUUCACAAGUAAUUUCUUUCCCCUAAAUGAUGAAAAAAAAACCUAGUAGAUCGUAUAUCGUAUGCUGUAAAUUUGGUGUUUGUUAAGGUUUGAUGGAGAAUUAUGGUGAUCUUUAUCGUUCAUAUGAGAUUGCUUAUCGAAAUCGUUCCGUGUUGUAAAAAUGAAUGUGAUAUCUGAGAUCUGGCAGUAA